CAAUGUUCAUGUGGCCUAUACCAGUGACAUUAUGACUUUAGACAAAUAUAAAACGGUUAUUCUACGAGGAAAGUUAACAAAUUUUUACAAAUAUACAACAUGCAGUCAUCUAGUAAUGCUCAGAAUACAGAUUCAUCAUCCGAACCAAUUAUCACAUCAUGCAAAACAGAUGAUGAUAAAGAAACAGGCAGUUUAUCACCUGUAUGGUGCGCAUUCUUACCUGGUUCUGGACACUGUUCUUCUUCAGUAAACACAGAGAAUGUUCUAACUUCAAAUUGUCAAAUGACUGUACAUAUUCUUCGUUUUGGACCAGGCCAAGAUUUGAAGGAAUGCUUGAUUCAUCAUGUUUUGAAGUAUCAUCUGUCUGGAGCUUUCAUUAUCACAUGUUGUGGAAGUGUUAAAACUGCUCACUUACGCUUAGCCAAUCUUCAAGAGAAAGUUUUUGAUGGCCCUUUUGAAAUUACUUCACUUGUGGGUACAUUAACCCAUGAUGGAUAUCCACAUCUUCAUAUUUCACUGGCAGACUCUCAUGGAAAUGUAUUUGGUGGACAUUUACUUGGAAGUAUAAAAAUUCAUACAACAGUAGAACUUGUACUUGGAGUAACUGGUAUUGAAAAAAGCUCAUUAUUAUCAUCAUCACAUACUGAAGAGCAAACUGAUUCCUGUUCUUCUUCUACAAAAGUGAGUAAUGAUCAUAAACCUUCAGGAAUUAGACUGAUAAGAAAGUACAGUGAAGAAACUGGCUUUAAGGAAUUAGCUGCUGAAGAAACUCAACAGUGAUGUGUUAUAUUUUAGAUAAAACUUUAAAUUUUGUUUCCAUUUUCACUGCAAAUACUACUCACAUCAUUAUCAUUAGUAGUAUUGUUUCUCAUUGAAGUAGCUGAAAUAACUGAAUGCUGUGAUUAAAACUUACUAUGUACCGGUGCUAAUUCAGUAUGCUUCCUUUUUAAUCACUGUAUCCUUUUCUUUCACCGGGAAAAAAUCGAUUCCAUCUUCUAGUCCC